AUGACGAUGAUGAUGAUAGUCAGGCUCGCAGGAGGAGGAGGCGGCAGCAGCAGCAGCAGCAGAUGGAAAGUGAAGCGAAGCGAAGCGAUGAUGUGUCGGCUUCGUUCGGCGGCCUGGUUCGGCUGCGUCGGGGAUCGGGGGCUGGGCUGGGGCUGGGCUUGGGGCAAGCGAUGGGAACAACAACGGGGCGAUAUGAUUAGAGAGAGAGUGCGAUGGGGAGAGGAAACAGUAGAGCGAGAGAGAGGGAAUCGAGUCGCACGCCUACGACGACGACGACGACGGGGGGCUGCAUCAAUAAAACCUCCAGCAGCAGCAGCAGCCGACCGAUUCUCUCUCUCCCCCAAUUCCUUACCCCAGCCCCAACCCCAACCCCAACCCCCUGCUCGUGCCCUCCCCCCACUCCCCUCCCCGGCGACUCUGGACUCCGCUCUGCUGGCGGGGCAAGCCGAUGUGGAUGAAUGGAUGUGUGGAUGGGCCGGCAAGAGAGUGCACGUAGGCAUUGAUGCCGCCGUCCCUCCCUCGAGGCUCGGAGGCUCGGAGUACCCCCGGUUUUGCUUGCCCCUGCCCCCUUCCCUUUUGGCACCCUUGGGGCUGCGCUUCUCCCUCUGGGCAGUGUACCCAUUUGCCAAGUGCUGCCGCUGUUCUGGUCUGCUCUGGCAAAUGGGCGAGAUCCCCCGCAUGGGCAACGCGAAGCUUAGAGACGGGCCUAGUGGGGCCUCGUCUCGACUAAUCAAGCAGCUCGAGUGGCUGCUUGGCAGCGACGCGACUCUGGAGAGUCGAGUCCACGGAGCCGGGGAGGAAAAACGUCUCGAGCAUCGAGCCCGGCUCUGGCGGGUCCCGUCCCGUCCCGUGCCAUCGCUGUGGCAGCCAUUCGUCGACACUCCAGUUUUGACGCCUGUUUCUAUGGUGGCUCAGCGCAGCUCGGUUUCCGCAGCUUGGGCCAGGGCGCGCACGUUCUCUCCAGUCCGGUAA